AUGCUACUGCCAAGUAUGCGCAUAUCUUCAAAUACAUCUAUCUGGACGAGAACAAAAUCUCGUCGAAGGAUGCUAUCAGCAUGUGGUUUCGGGAACCCACUCCGUUUCGACUGGGGCAAUCAAACCAGGGUCGCCUUAGCAGGGUUGAACUUCAUGCUAGAUCGUCUUGCUGGAAAGCAACUUCGACACUGGCUCAUCAAGCCCAAAAAUGAGAAAAAAAUGACACUUGAUCAACAAGCUCGUGAGGAUGGUUAUCGCUUCAUCAAGGAAUUCGGGCCACGGUCUAACAAUCGCAAUCAAUUCAUGGAGUGGACUGAUGAGCAGGUUCAUAUGCCAGGGGGUAAAAUUGAGGGAUGGAGCGAAGGCAAGGUCAAGGAGGCACUCCCCAAUUGCCUCAAAGGCUGCCAAAACGCGAAAGCUCUUGAAUAUUGGUCCUUUACACUCAAGAGCUUCGUUGGUUGGUUUCUUGAGACCGUAUUUUCCAAGAUAUUGUCGACCAUACGUCAACACGCAAUCACUUGGAUAGGCAGGACUCGCUCAGGGAAAUCUCUCGGUUCCAAGACUGUACUCUUCUGUCAGUCCAAGUUUGAGAUCAAUGCUGCUGAGCGCGACGACUUGAGGCCAUCUAUUGUUACUGCCAAGCACCUGGAUUUUUUCAAGGCAGAAUCCUUGACCAGGCACAAGCCAGGGGUUUUCGAUGAUGGCAUGCUCCAACGGAUAGACGUAUCCUUUUUAAAAAGCUUCUUCAAUCUAUCAGAAGAAGAUACGACCGUGUGGGCUAGAUACUCUUCAGCUCAAUUUGACCAGGGUGCAGGAAGGCAUGCGUGUAACAAUCCCUAUGCCAUAAACGUCGAUGAUGAAAUAUUCAAGAAAAUAUCUGGUAGCAAGAUCUGGGAGAUCAUAUACGAGGAUUUCCUGAAACUCAUUAAGCCAUCUUUCAAUGGUCUUGAGGAUGCAGCAGAUAUGGACGCCAUCAUGGCCCGUCUCCAUCUCAUUAUCAUCGCCAAUCACGGCUUGUACUACCGUGUCGCCUCAACUUCCCAGGACAUGGUACCUUUCAUUGCUUGGCCACAGAAUCAGUCCAAGGAUCUGCUGGACUCAUCCCAGCAUCAAUUCUUCAAGAACUACAAGAUGAAUCCGCAUAUACAGGUCUAUCCCCAAUCCUAUCACGCAGACAUGGCUUGGUCGCAAGAAUUCCUUCGCAAAAUGAUCGUCGGCGAGUCCAUCCCGCGUACUUCUAUAUUCAUUAGCAACACCAACAUCUUUGGAGAACGUAUCUCGAGGACUACAACGACCCGUUAUCCAGAACUUCUUUCGCCCCAGGAAAUAUUCGCAAAGAUUAAGAAGGAGCAGGUCAACAAUACAUUUCAGAACUUGAGGCUGACCCCGCGUGCCAUCAUCAAUUUGGAUUCUCCCUCUCUAAAGAAGACCGACCAGGAGGCAAUAUCGCUGCCUGACUUAAAACGUCCCCACGCUUCUGCGCCAUCUACACACUCGAAAGGAACAUCGUCGUCUACAGGUUCGAGCAUCAACAUCGCCAUCUCCAAUCCUGAUUUCAUUGGACCCGUGCUAUUAAGGAUUAUAAUUUUAUAUAAUGUACGUAUGAAUCUUAUUAAGCAAAAAAUCAAGUAG